AUGUACAGAAGUACAAAACCUGGCAGGAAUUUCGAAGUGCACUCCAGGCUGAAGCGUUGUGGCUGGGGAAGAUUUACGAACAAAGUCUCCUGUAACUGCGGCGUGGCUGUACGCGAGGAUAACGACGUCGUCAUUGUUGACUACUGCAACAGGAACUCUCGCAUCAUCGCCUACAAGACAGCCCUGGGCGGGCCCCUCUCUCCGGGCGUUCUAGUCACUCAGGAUAGCAACGGGAAAUACAUCAAGAUUUCGAUGCCCUCCGGUGCGUACGUGGAAGUUGUGGGGUCUGGCUUCGUCACCCUCCGCGUCCACGCGCCGGGGAUAGACAAGGGGUACACCGAGGGGCUCUGUGGGUUCUUCGAUGGAGAUCCGAGAAACGAUCGCAUGAUGCCGGACGGCUCAAUCUCUCCACACUACAUCUGGCCGAGAUGGCACCGAGAGUUCUCCCGUGCUUGGCAAAUCCCACGUGGAGAAAGUCUGUUCGAUGUUGAGUGUCCAGAAGAGGUCAGUAACCCUCUCUCUGGAGUAGAGUUCUGCAGCUGCGGUCGCAUGGCCGAGUGCAGCCCGAAUAAAACACGCAAAAUAAACCACCUGAACCCAGCCUUGAACAUCAUCCAACCACUUCAAGACGAAAGGAACAAGAACUGCACCCCGCCGCCGGAAGUUAUCGAGGAAGACCCAACCCUAUACAAUGACGAUGUUUGUGAGACGAAAUAUGAGUUCGACUACGCCGAGGACGAAGAACCAGAAAUCAACGACGAAUGGCCGACCCCAAACGAAGGGAUAACAGAGGAGGAAGCUAGGGGGAAGUGCCAGGGAGGGAUCCUGAACCUGACCAUCGCUGAAGCCUGUCGGGAUGUGUACGGUGUGGACAUCUUCUCUGGAGUGGACUUCUGUGUAGCAGAUGUAAAAGUAACGGAGGAUUUCCAGUACGUUGACAUUAUCGUGCAGAAGAUUCAGGCAGAAUGUGCUGAGAAAGCCUACAACAACGUCAGCCUGUACGAAACCACAGAGAACGGAACUGCCAAGCCACCAGCCUUCAUCACUGAGAACCUGUGCCCGCGCCAGUGCAGUAACCAGGGCCGGUGUGUGAACAGUACGUGUGAGUGUGACGACGGUUACACGUCUGCGGACUGCUCCAUACAGGUCGGCAGGCCUCCGGUCGCGCUAAGACUACCGGGUAACGGCCUGUGUGACGUCAGAAGCCGGCCAUGUUUGAAGACGUCAUUCUACGCUGAAGACGUGAUGGAUUCUGGGAACCUGACCUGUAGGAUCACACAAGUUCAGGGCACACCGGACACCAAGGACGGCGCGGUGGCUCACGGGAUGCUGCUGUCCGUUAGUAACGAUGGUGACCGGUUCAGUGAGGAGUUGUUCUUCACCGUGUACGACUCCGUCUGUCAGGAGUGUACUCAGGGAGGCAACUGUACAUGGAAGCCGAAUACCUGCAUCAUUCGAGGCCACUGUUUUAGUAAUGAAGACCCGAACCCGAGUAACAUUUGUCAGCAAUGUGUGCCUGAGCUUUCCAACUCAGAGUGGUCAGAUCGACCAGACAAUGGGGCUCCAAUCUUUACAACACCCUCCACUAUUCAAAAACUUCCCGACGAAAAUCUGACACUGACUUUGGCAAGCGAAGAUCCCGAAGGAGGAAAUGUGACGUGUCAUCUGACGUCGUCUGGUGACGACGGCGUCACCGUGCAGCCAAACGGACAACUGGACUGGACAGCAGACGGCGUCAGCUCAACGUCCAUCAACGUCACCAUUGAAGACGAGUGCGGCGCGUCAUCUGAACAAACGUUCACGCUCACAACAAUGGCGUGUCCUUGUCAGAACGGAGGGUCAUGUGCGCCCGAUCCCGACAUGCCCCGCGGUCAAGGCUACUACGCAUGCGUGUGUCCUGGGUACACGGGGGACGAGUGUGAAACUGAGAUAGACGAAUGUCAGUCCGACCCGUGUGUUAAUGGCGGGACCUGUGUCGACCUUGUGAACGGUUACAACUGUACUUGCACGGAAGAAUACACAGGUACUCACUGUGAUGUGGAGGUUGAGGACAAGUGCGCGGCCCUGGACCCAUGUUUUCCCGGUGUCUCCUGCGUUAACCUGCAGGACGGAGGCUACUUGUGUGGUCGGUGUCCUUCAGGAUACUUCGGAAACGGAUUUGAAUGCAAAGGUGACGUAGAUCAGCUUUCCUCUCUAGUGUUGAUGUUUUUCAUGCACAGCUAA